AUGGUAUCAUCUGGCUGUGAAGGCCUAAUGGGUGAUGCUUUCCUUAACAGUAUGGAUAAAUUAAGAGAUCAAAAGUAUUAGCUGGCACUAAUCAAUGAAAGGCAUCAUAGAAUAUCAUUAGAGUUAGUAGAUUUCCAUCAUUACUUUGGGGCAAGUAUUAGCAGAAAGUAAAAUAGAAAAGAUAUGAUUAAAGUCUUCAGUCCUUUAAUGCUAGAUUUGCCGAAUAUGACAAUGUAUACAAAAGGAAAUACAUUAGAAUCAUUACAAAGCCUACUUGGCUUCUAAAAGCAAGAUAAAAGUAACAUUAAAAUAAGUGGGAUUAAUCUAUAGUUAGUUGUAAAGUUCAAAACAAAUUAUAAACUAAACUUGAUUAGCAAAGAAGGCAAUAAACUUAUUUCAAACGAUUAAGCUAUAGACGAAGAAAUUCAUUUUGUUAAGUUUGAAGGUCAAUACCCAGAAUUUGAAUUAAAUGCUUAAAAUCUAAGGAAGUCAUUAGAAGAUUUCAACUUUUAAGAUUGGAGUAUCGUAGAUUUUGAUGAUUUUCUUAAAGGCAAUCCUCAUAUCUGA